AAACACAUUUCCAAAAAUGACUUAGGUCAUUAUUUUAGGAAGGUGAAAAUAUGAAAACUCAAAAAAUGCAUUUUUCCCCUCCCUGUUCUUUUUACAGUAUGCUACAAUGUUACGACUAAACACGUUUCACAUUUAAACAAUCUAAAUGUGAAAACAAUCUAAUAUAAAGUGUCCUGGUGUUAGAGUAAUGGUAAUGCAGGUGAGAAGCUUCUCUUAAGUACAAGUUUGAGGUUUUCUACCCACCUCUGUUCACUACAUAUAGGUUCUGCCAAAUUAGCUUUCCUUGAGGUCUAUUUCCAUAAUUUAUUAUUUUGUGUCCGGAAUAUUUUUUCCUGUCUCUGUUUUGAUUUUACUUUUGUUCACUGCUUAUGCUGUUCAUUGAUAGUUGCUCAAAAGGUCUUGCCCAUACUGGUUUAUUCUUGCAUUUCUAUUUAGUUUACUUAUAUUAGUAAUAUCCUCUCAUGUUAUUAUUUGACUUGCUGUUUUUAUUGUAUCCAUGCUCUCCAGUAAUGCCGUUCACUUGCAUGACCUCAUCAUCCUCACGUGUUUCAGCUGAUCUUCCACUCAAACUCUUGAUUUUUCCACAGUUAAGCCCCAGAUUCUCCGUUUUCAUGCCCUGAUUCACAUCUUCUUUGUUCCCUUCUGAGUCUAGUCUUUGUGUCCUGAGUUUAGUCCAUUUUGUUUUUUUGCAGCCUGUCUGUACGGAGAGCAUAUAAAUGGGGUAAUGCAAACUGGCCUAACAUCUGUUUCAACACCGGAGACGUCCUGGUACGCACCAUGUAGGCGUGUGCGCGCGCGCGCGCGCGCGCGUCUUUGUGUUUGGUUCAGCCAAACACACACACAGAAAGCCCUCAUUGAUUUCCUAACAAUAGAGUUGCGACUGUUCUGGACUUUCACAAUACAUCUGACAUGUUCAGGUUCAUUCAACACAGCAGAGAAGACAAGUCCAGAAAUGUCUAUGUGUAAAUCAAUAGUUUACUUUAUCACAUCUCCAUUCAGCAUGUUAGGGGUGUGUGAGCGGCACUGAUGCAUUAGUCAGAUUUACAGUUAAAAACAUGUGUGUGUGUGUGUGUAUCUCACUAAUGAUAUUGUGGCUGUAAAUGUGGGGCAGAGAGAUAGGGAGUUGUUUGGCUACACUGCCUGGUCACGUGUCUGAUCUGGAUGUACUGUUAAUCCACCGGAAAACAUUCCUCUCCUCCUUCUUCUCCUCCUCCUCCUAUUCUUCUUCGCCUUCAUAUUUAAAACCGCCAAUGAAUGAAAAACCUCCCAGAGGCAGAAGUUAGCACUUUGCUGCAGAGGUAAAGUCGAACAGCCUCUCUCUCUCUCUCCCUCGUCCGGCCGCAGCUCCAUCGAUGCGCCAAGAUGACGCACAUCUCCGCUCUCUUGGCUCUCACUGUAACGUCAACACUCCUGGGCUGCACGGCCGCGCGAGCCUCCAUCGACUGCAGCUGGACCAAAGUUUCGUCCAACGGCCAGCUGCACGUCAGCUUCCUCCGGGGGGAUCCGCACGGCAGCGCCGCGGCACCGCGCCUGUACCACGGCGUCUGGUCCGGGGAGCGCGCCCUGCUCGGCUGCACCUGGAGUGAUGACGCAGCGCUGAUCCAGAGCUACCUGUCUGCGUGCCGGGGGCGCACGCGGGAAUUUAAGGACCGCGCGGGGAGAACGUUGGAUCUGGAGUCUUUGUUUGACGCGGAUCGCUGCGUCUCUCUGGCCUCUCCGAGCUUUGCUAAUCUCCCGGAGCGCACAGCGGGGAGACACGUGAGGAGCCUCGGAGAUCAAGGUGAAGGUGAAAGGUCAGAGGUUAGGACACACGCGCGUGUAAAGCGCGGCUUUAUCGUCCCCGGGACUCUGUGGUGCGGCUCUGGCAACAAAGCGCCAUCAUACGCAGAUUUGGGUGUUUUUUCAGACACAGACAGCUGCUGCAGGGAGCACGACCAGUGCAAACACACCAUCCUGUCCUUCCAGUCCGACUUCGGCGUCUUCAACAGCAACAUCUUUACCAUGUCCCACUGCGACUGCGACAACAAGUUUCGCAGCUGCCUGAUGGAGGCGAACGACAGCAUAGCUGACGUGGUGGGCUACACCUUCUUCAACCUGCUCAAGAUGCACUGCUUCACCUUUUCUCACCGACUCCAGUGCGCCGAGAGGAACUGGUUCGGAAUGUGUAAAAUGACUCAGAUGGCGCUGUACGCUGACGUCCACUCGCCCACGCUGUACGAGUCCAGCGAGUCCAUAGAGGGCUGCGUCAACAGCUCCUGCUCCGACGUCAACUCCACCGCACCUGCACGACUCCACGAAACAAACACGCCACGUCCGCACCUGCUGUCCUCUACCGCUGCCACGGACACGGUGCCCGCAGCCUGGGCCACUCCCUCCGUCACCGCAGCGACCGACUCUAUGAACUCCACAGACGCCAAGGCGUCAGCAUCGACUGUGAGGAGCGAUGACCUGGGGAACGUUUUACCCUCCACGCCGCUCGCUGUGUUUCAGCAGCACAACAGCGUUACAGCGGAGGACAGGUCUUGCAUUCCGUACAAAGAACUUGAUGAGUGUAAGAACAAGAUCCUACCGCAGCAGAGGAAAUAUGGCCUCCACAACACAGAGACAGGAACGCUUUUUCACUGCAACUGUACCGCCAAACUGUUCCACACUCUGACUCAACAGAGACAACUGAGCAAAGUGGAGACUCUUCUGAUUGGACAUGUGUCUCAGUCCUGCUUCCUGCCCCAGGACUGCACAUCAAGCAGCAACUGCACUGCGACGGUGGUGAAAGCAGAACUUCCUCGGCUGGACCCAACGAGUGUUGAAGUGGCGGGGCGGCGCCAUCUACAGGCAGAGAGACGGAAGCGCAGGAGGCCGGGCGAGACGAAAGCGAAGAGGAAAGACCGAGCCGUGAGACUUUACAAGCUGUGUGUGAGAAUGACUCGACCCAAACAAACCGGGAAGAACAAAAAACAAGUCACAGGAACACAGGUCAACUGAACGGCCGGUAGCAGGGAGGAAAAAAGACAUUGUGAAAUAAAUAAUUGAAAAUGGUUUUACAGGACUUUAUUCAAACAAUGGAACAAAUUUCAGCUAUUUUAAGUUCUUUUUUUCCCUCUAUGAAAGAUUAUUUAUGUCAUUUUAAUGUGACUGGAUUGUGAGGUAAUUGUUUUAAUCAUUUUCUGACUUAACAGUAAAGUUCCAUAUUAAAAGCCAGACAGAUCAGUAACUACCUCAAGUAAAGACUAAGCUUUACAUUUCUUCCAUAGAUGUAGAAGCUCAAUGUUUAUAGAGCUGAGGGAAGAAAAAAAAAAAAAACAAUGUUCAGAAUUCAGCAAAAUUAAGUCUUAGUUGCUUAUACUGGAAUUAUUAUUCUUAUUUCAGCUCUCUUCAAUGAAAUGACUAUAUAUUAAGCUUUUAGGUUGAAACAUUAAACAGUUGAACACGGAAAACUUACAGUCAUUAUUUCCAAGGCAACGCUGUUAAAUAAUAAUCAGCAUAAAAGCAGAGUUUGUCCUUCUGGAAAUGAACGCAGUGUUGCCUCGUGGCCACGAGGGGGCGGUGGUUUCCAAACUUUGAAACUACAAUCUUUAAUCGCCUCUUAGGCUGACAACAAAACAAGUACAUUUUUAAAAUCCUCUUCAUAUAGCAGACAUUUUCCCCGGCAAUGUAUUUUAGUAAGAAUAAGUGAAUAAAGAAAUAAAAUAAGAACUCGGGAUACAAAGAUUUUUACAAUAAAGAUUGAAUUGAAUUUUUUUUCUCAACAUUUCUGAGACGAUAACUGACAGAUAUUUAUUUCACAAUGUCUUAUGUUUUAUUAAGAACUGAAAACGCCUUUGGGACCCUAUUAAAUAUUGCACUAUUAUAUAUUUAUUUGAUCAACCUCUGAGUCACUGUGGAGCUUAAGCCAAGCUCCUUCUGGAAUCUGGGAAAUGGAUUUCUUCUUUAGUGAAAUGUGGCAGAAUUUAUUUCCGAGACAAAAAUUGAGCCUGAGGAUUUGUUCACGUUUCUACUACUGUACUUCAUGUAAUGUGUUCAUCUGCUCCAGAUCUGGUGUCUGCUUCUCGCCCUGGUUGGUUCGAAAAUGUGAAAAAACGACGGCGGCUUCAAAAAGGUUCACACUCCUGUUACGACGCCACCUGUUGGUGAUGCGAGAAAACAAAACCAAACGUGACCGUCAUAGAUCCUUUGAAAUGUUUUUCAGAUAAUGUGACAUUUAUUAAGUGGAGUUCAACUGAAAAACAAACAAAUUUGUCGGAAAGAAGGAAACAAAACUAGACCUAUCCGAUUAUGAGGGCAAUUUUAGCUCCAGACUUUGACUAGGCCGGAACUUGAAAAUUCCCCUAAUAAAGUCUUUAUUUUUCUUGAGCUUCAUCCAUCUUGAUUGUACUUAAGUAAAGUAACCUCAGAGCAUUAUCCUGCCACCACCAUCCUUUGCUGUUGGAAUAAAAAUAACAAAUUAAUAACUUUUCUCCAAAAAGUUGCACAGAAUAAAUGUCACAUGAUAUGUGGGGGGGGGGAAAAAAAGUUGUCAUGUUCUCAUUUUUAUAUGUAAAAAAAUUAAAAAUCUGGUGUGAACACGUUUGAUAGCUGCUGUCUGUCCGUAGCCCAGCUCCUAUAAGGGCACGUUGAAGAUGUAUUUGUACAGAAUUCUUGUGAUGACCUUUGUAAAUUUUGGUUGGCGUUGCAAUGAACUGGAAAUCAUUUGUAAAUACUUGUACAUAAGAAGCACUCAUAAAAGUUGAGAUUUAUGAACAUCAAAA